AAUCUUUUUUAUUUAGAAAAAUAAACAUAUAAGUAUAUAUUAGUUAGAUAAUUUGUUGAGCUAUGGGAAGAUCUUCUAAAAAGAAAAAAAAGACAGUUAAACCUGCUGGAGAAAUAACUGAUAACUCCAUUCCACGCUCCUUUGUAUUUAAUCGUGGUGAAGUAGGGGUUACUCUUCAAAAAUUGAUUAAAGAUAUUAGGCGCUUAAUGGAGCCAUAUACUGCGACUAAUCUUAAGGUUACUAAAAGCAAUGUUUUGAAAGAUUUUGUUCAUAUUGCUGGUCCCUAUGGAAUCUCGCAUUUUAUAAUAUUCUCAAAAACUGAAAAAUCACCAUAUAUGAAAAUUGUUCGUUUGCCUAGAGGACCAACGCUUACUUUUAGAAUUAAUGAGUAUUCUCUUAUGAAAGAUAUUACAUCGAUUUUACGCCGACCAAAAACUAUUGGGCAACAGUUCAAGUUUCCUCCAUUGGUGGUUAUGAAUAACUUUGCAACAGAAGCAGUAGAAAUGAAAUUAAUGACAACAGUAUUUCAAAAUAUGUUCCCUUCUAUAAAAGUGCAAAAGGUUAAGUUAGCUGAAAUACGCCGUUGUGCAAUGUUUAAUUUUGAUCAAGAAUCUGGAUGCAUUGAUUUUCGUCAUUAUAACAUUGAAGCGAUUCCUGUUGGUAUUAGUAAAGGUGUUAUGAAGCUGAUGAAAAAUAAAAUUCCAAAUCUUAGUUCUUUGAAUGACAUAAGUGACUUGGUAACUGGAGCUGCGUAUUUAUCUGAAAGUGAAGGAGAAGAGCCUACAGACUCUCAUGUUACACUCCCUCAAAGAUUACCUGGUAGAGGAAAUACAAAAUCAGGACAAAGUGCUGUCAAAUUAACAGAGCUUGGUCCACGUUUGAAAUUGGAACUAUUAAAGAUAGAAGAAGGAGUAAGUGGUGGAGAGGUGCUUUACCACAAAUACAUUCAAAAGUCCGAAGAAGAAAUCAAACAAUUAAAAAAGAAAAAAGAAAAAGAGAGGUCAUUGAAACAGAUGCGUAAGAAACAACAAGAAGCCAAUGUUAUUAAAAAAGAAAAAGAAAAAGAAGAGAACAAAUCCCGUAGUUUAGCUGGCAUGAAACGAAAGGCAGAAGAUGUUGAGAAUAAUGAACUUAGUAAUGAGGAAGAUCCUAAAGUAUCUGAUAGUGAAGAUGACGAUGUAGAAUACUUUAAAAAAGAAGUUGGUGAAGAACCAGAACAAGAUUUGUUGAAGAAUAAACCAAAAAAACGGAAAAUAACUAAUUUUUCAUCAAAGGAUCACCAAAAAGAAAAAAAACGUGUUCAAAGCUUCAAAAGUAAAAAAAAAAAUGUCAUCUCGGGUAAAAAAGUAAAAAACCAUCAGACAAAUAAGAAAAAGCAGGUGAAGAACUGAAGUUGUGUAAAUAGACUAUUUUAAGGCAAAAUAAAUAAUUGAUUGGUAUAUUUGUGUA